AUGCGGAGUGGACUAGUCACAGUCACAGAGUCAUGGCCAGAAUUUGCAUCCUUAUGUUUCAAGGAUAGAAGAUGGUGGUGGGCUGAUGUUGCUGCUGCUGGUACAAGGCUCGUAGCCUUCCAGUCUCCCUCUUCAAUACCUCCUGCUCCACUGAACAAAGGUUUUUGCCCCUUCUCUUUACUGCUUCAUCAUAAAUCUUUGAGCAAUUUGAUAGAGAAGGAAUAUGUAAGCUCUGAAGGACUUAGAUUAGAUGGUCGCGGCCCUAGCGAAAUGAGGCAACUACAAGCCGAGAUUGGUGUCGUUGCCAAAGUAGAUGGUUCUGCUAUGUUUGAGAUGGGUAACACAAAAGUCACUGCUGCUGUCUAUGGCCCUAGAGAGGUUCAAAAUAGGAGCCAGCAAAUUACUGACCAAGCACCAGUGCGCUGUGAGUACAGCAUGGCUAAUUUUAGUAUUGGAGAUCGUAUGAGAAAACCGAAGGUUGAUAGGCGAUCAACAGAGGUAUCUCUUGUUAUUAGUCAGACAAUGGAAGCAUGCAUAUUGACCAAUUUAAUGCCUCGUUCUCAGAUAGAUAUUUUUGUACAAGUUCUACAAGCAGAUGGAGGAACUCGAUCUGCAUGUAUUAAUGCUGCAACAUUAGCUCUUGCAGAUGUUGGGAUUCCAAUGCGUGAUAUUGUUACUUCCUGUAGUGCUGGAUACCUCAAUAGUAUUCCUCUUCUUGAUAGUGCUGGAGGUCCUGAUGUCACUGUAGGCAUUCUACCUACAUUGGACAAAGUUACUCUCCUUCAGAUGGAUGCUAAGUUACCAACCAAUACAUUUGAAGAUGUCAUGCAACUUGCUACUGAAGGCUGCAAGGCAGUAGCAAAUUCUAUUCGAGAAGUACUACUAGAGAAUACCAAGCAGCUAGAGUGUCGCCGAGGUUCAUAAUUGAUAAUUACAUUGGGUAAUUUAUUCGUGGAUUCUGUAGACUGGCCUAGUCGUUCUUGGGCUUGGAAUCGUACCAUUUUUACAGGGUGAUAUAAAAUCAUUUAUGGAUUGAAGUGAUAUGUCUCCUUAAUUCAACAUUCGUCCCUUGCAUGCACAGUGAGAUCAUAGCAUUUUCCAUGCAUCCACCUUUCUUACUGGAAAUUGUUUAGUUCAUACUAUUCUGUGGUUAAAUUAACACCAGCAGCUCAGAAAUUGUGCAAAACUGAUUUUUAAGGGACUUAGAAUAGCAAUUUUUUUAAUGUUAUGACUAUUCAUUAGAAGAUGUUAGUUCUUUUUCUCUCUUUUCUCUGCUUUCGUAUGCAUAUUUUGGAAGAAAAAUAGACGCCAUGAAGAGGAUCAUGAAUAUCUUUCUCCUUGAAUUCAAGCAAUGCAGGUCAAUCAGUUUCAUCGUGUUUGAGCAGAGAAUUGGCAGAGGCAAAGAAACCAUAAGCUUGCAGGCUUGAAAAAGCAUAAAAGCAAGAGAAAAAAGCUAACCGAGCAGAAAGCUAUUGGACUCAUUAUUCCAUUGUGAAAUUAAGAAACUCAACUUGACAAGAUUUCUUCACAGGCUCAGAACUUUAA